AGUCUGUCGCACACACCCCCUCCUCUCCGCGCGCCGGCGGUUCCCAGCCGACUACGCCUCCGCUCCGAGUCAGCCGGGCUGCGCCCGCUCCGACUCCGGGAGGGGUCGGGGGUCCCGAAUGGCCGCGGCAGGGUCUAGGAGGCCAAACGUGUAAGCUAACGGGCGUCAUGGAGGCGGAGCAGCGGCCGACGACUAGGGCCAGCGAUGGGGCGACCCCUGGGCUGGAGAGGGCGCCUCCUGCUGCCCCGGCGUCUACCACCACGGCCUCGGAUGCGAUCCCUGGGUCCAGGCCCGGGACCGGGCCCGAGCCCAAGAGGAGGCAGCUCGGGACGCUGCUCCAGCCCACGGUCAACAAGUUCUCCCUUCGCGUGUUCGGCAGCCACAAAGCAGUGGAAAUCGAGCAGGAGCGGGUCAAGUCAGCGGGGGCCUGGAUCAUCCACCCCUACAGCGACUUCCGGUUUUACUGGGACCUGAUCAUGCUCCUGCUGAUGGUGGGGAACCUCAUUGUGCUACCUGUGGGCAUCACCUUCUUCAAGGAGGAGAACUCCCCACCUUGGAUCGUCUUCAACGUCCUCUCUGACACUUUCUUCCUGAUGGAUCUGGUGCUCAACUUCCGCACGGGCAUCGUGGUAGAGGAGGGUGCUGAGAUCCUGCUGGCACCGCGGGCCAUCCGCACACGCUACCUGCGCACCUGGUUCCUGGUUGACCUUAUCUCCUCUAUUCCUGUGGAUUACAUUUUCCUGGUGGUGGAGCUGGAGCCACGACUGGACACCGAGGUCUACAAAACAGCUCGGGCCCUGCGCAUCGUGCGUUUCACCAAGAUCCUCAGCCUGCUGCGGCUGCUCCGCCUUUCCCGCCUCAUCCGCUACAUACACCAGUGGGAGGAGAUCUUUCACAUGACCUAUGACCUGGCCAGUGCUGUGGUUCGCAUCUUCAACCUCAUCGGAAUGAUGCUGCUGCUAUGUCACUGGGAUGGCUGUCUGCAGUUCCUGGUCCCCAUGCUGCAGGACUUCCCUCCCGACUGCUGGGUCUCCAUCAACCAUAUGGUGAACCACUCAUGGGGCCGCCAGUAUUCCCACGCCCUGUUCAAGGCCAUGAGCCACAUGCUCUGCAUUGGCUACGGGCAGCAGGCACCUGUAGGCAUGCCCGACGUCUGGCUCACCAUGCUCAGCAUGAUCGUGGGCGCCACGUGCUACGCCAUGUUCAUCGGCCACGCCACCGCCCUCAUCCAGUCCCUGGACUCUUCUCGGCGCCAGUACCAGGAGAAGUACAAGCAGGUGGAGCAGUAUAUGUCCUUCCACAAGCUGCCAGCUGACACACGGCAGCGCAUCCAUGAGUACUACGAGCACCGCUACCAGGGCAAGAUGUUUGAUGAGGAAAGCAUCCUAGGAGAGCUGAGCGAACCGCUUCGGGAGGAGAUCAUUAACUUCACCUGCCGGGGCCUCGUGGCCCACAUGCCGCUGUUCGCCCACGCCGACCCCAGCUUCGUCACGGCCGUGCUCACCAAGCUACGCUUUGAGGUCUUCCAGCCGGGGGACCUCGUGGUGCGUGAGGGCUCCGUGGGCAGGAAGAUGUACUUCAUCCAGCAUGGGCUGCUCAGUGUUCUGGCACGUGGCGCCCGGGACACCCGCCUCACUGAUGGAUCAUACUUUGGGGAAAUCUGUCUGCUGACUCGGGGCCGACGCACAGCCAGUGUGCGUGCUGACACCUACUGCCGCCUCUACUCGCUCAGCGUGGACCAUUUCAACGCCGUGCUCGAGGAGUUCCCCAUGAUGCGCCGGGCCUUCGAGACAGUGGCCAUGGAUCGGCUGCGCCGCAUUGGCAAGAAGAAUUCCAUACUGCAGCGGAAGCGCUCUGAGCCAAGUCCAGGCAGCAGCGGGGGCAUCAUGGAGCAGCACUUGGUGCAGCACGACAGGGAUAUGGCUCGGGGCGUUCGGGGCCUGGCUCCAGGCACAGGAGCUCGGCUGAGCGGAAAGCCGGUGCUGUGGGAGCCACUAGUGCACGCACCCCUGCAAGCAGCCGCCGUGACCUCCAAUGUGGCCAUUGCCCUGACGCACCAGCGGGGCCCUCUCCCCCUCUCCCCUGACUCUCCAGUCACCCUCCUUGCUCGCUCUGCUCGAAGAUCAGCAGGAGCAGGCUCUCCAGCCUCCCCACUUGUCCCUGUCCGAGCCGGCCCUCUGCUGGCCCGGGGGCCUUGGGCAUCCACCUCCCGCCUGCCGGCCCCACCGGCCCGAACCCUCCAUGCCAGCCUGUCCCGGGCUGGGCGCUCCCAGGUGUCACUGCUGGGGCCUCCCCCGGGAGGAGGUGGACGGCGACUAGGACCUCGGGGCCGCCCACUCUCAGCCUCCCAGCCCUCUCUGCCUCAGCGGGCGGCAGGUGAUGGCUCUCCUGGGUGUAAGGGCUCAGGAAGUGAACGCCUGCCCCCCUCAGGGCUCCUGGCUAAGCCUCCAGGGACAGCCCAGCCCCCCAGGCCAUCAGUGCCUGAGCCAGCCACUCCCCGGGGCCCCCAGCUCUCUUCCAACAUGUGAAACCUUUGGGUAAGCUCUCAGGUGCAGUAGCAUGUGCCAGAGGGCAGACGCCUCUUGGGGACACCAAGGGGACCUGAAACAGUGCCCUAUGGGAGUAUCUCCCCUUAGUACCAAGAAGAUGGUCUCUGUUCUCAGCUCAGGCGCCCUGCAACCUGACAUCCUCCUAAUCCAUUCACCCAUUCCUCAAAGAUACUUAGCGCCUACCAUGUUCAAGGCACUGUACCAGACGCUGUAUGUCUCCACUGCCAAGUAGAAGUGACUCCAAGCCCUCUGAUGAGGGUAUUCCCCUAGCCAUGGUCCUGCCAGGUGCAGGCCUGGGCCCAUGAUCCCAUCUUACUAAGCACAAGUACUUGCCACCACCAUCACUGCCAAGUAACUAGAUGUCUCUGUUUUCCUGCCCAUCACCUUGCAGGUUCUGCCUGGCAUGGUUAUCUUCCUGUCCGCUAGCAUAGCUGGGCACUGCCAAUUACCUGUUCCCCCGCUGCUGUCAACAAACGUCUUGGGUCCCUGGGUGGGCAUCCAGCUUUACUGCCCACGCGGGACACCUCCCCGUCUAUACCCCCUGAGUGGGAACACACAUCUCCUGACAAGUCCUUGCCACUCUCUGUCUCUGUGGUAGAACUGCCUUUUGUAAACUGGGAGCCACCUCCUCCCUAUGCCCCUUGUCCCAGUGAUGCCCCCUUGAAGCUAAGGGAUUGUUGACGCCCCCUUAUUUAGUGUGCCAGCGUAGAUUCCCCCCAGGUUGGGGGCAAGUGAAUCCUUAGAUGAAUGUUUCUUCCUUGCUCCCUUCCUUAUUUAUUUACUCUUAUUUAUUCAAUCAUUUAAUA